AUGUGAUUUUCUCCUUCUUUAAUUCUGAUACUUAUCAGAAUCAUAUCCAGAGUUUUUUUAAUUUUGUCUUCUCCCUCGCUUUUUAUUUCGUGGUUGGGGUUAGAAUUAAAUACUUUGGCCUUUUUGCCUAUAAUGUUGGUUAAAAAAACAAGUAUGGCUAGAGAGGGUUCUGUUAAAUAUUUUCUUACACAAACUUUGGCAUCUAUUUUAAUUAUUAUUAGAAUUGUUAUAUUCUUUUUAGAUUUAAAUAGUGUGGGUAACAGUCUUCUUUUGGUUGGUUUAAGUAUUAAAUUGGGGGCGGCCCCUUUUCACUCAUGAAUUUUGAGAGUAGCUGAGACUUUAAAUUGACCAGUUUUGUUUAUUUUACUAACUAUCCAGAAAAUUAAUCCGUUAUUUAUAUUAUGAAAUUUCUCUUCUUAUUGGGGAAAUGUGUUUAAUGUUAUUAUUAUUAUGUCUCUAGUAGUCGGUAGUCUAAUAGGGUUAAUUCAGACAAGAACUCGGCUAUUGAUGACUUUUUCUUCAAUUAGUCAUAUGGGGUGAAUUUUGAUUAGUGUAUCUUUUGAUUUAUGAAUAGGGGUAUUAUAUUUUUUUAUUUAUAUAGUUGUUUUACUUCCGGUGAUUAUAAUUUUUAAUACUUUUAAUAUUUCUUAUAUCAAUGAAUUCUUUUUAAUAAAUUUUUCUUUAUCUAAACAAAUUCUAUUAUUUUUAUCUGUUUUAUCAUUGGGGGGUUUGCCGCCCUUUCUGGGAUUUUUACCUAAGUGGUUGAUUUUACAAGUUGUGAUAAGAAUAGGGUGGUAUUUUUUUAGACUAAUUAUAAUUUUAGCUAGCUUGUUUACCUUAUUUUUUUAUUUACGUGUGACCUUCACAGCUUUUAUUUUGGGGGGCUCUAGUUUAUUUGAAACAAAAAUUUUUUACUCUCUAGGAAACUUAAAUCUAUUUAUACUAUCAUUAUCUAUUUUAGGGUUGCCCUUGUUUUUGUUUGUCUAG